AUGCUCGAUAGCGAAUUUUCCGACGAGGACCAUCUUCAUUCGAAUCACAUCGAAUCAGAAGAAGAUCUACCACAGGACGAAGACGGAGGAGAAGGAGGCGACCAAUUCGAUCAGCGCGGAGAGGACGAGGAAAGCAAGGGAAGGGAAGAGAAAAGGACGAGGAAUUCGAAAAGGAAAGAUCCUCCAUUGACACAACCGCUCAAGCGUCGCAUCGUCCAUCUCGAGACUGAGCUCGAGAAGAAGGAUGAUUUGGCACAAUUCGCCGAUCUCGUGCAACAGCUCGAGGCCGCGCGCGAGGCCAUCCAGAAGAAAGAGCGCGAGAUAGAGGUGCUACAGCACGAGAACCAGCACCUCAAGGAACAGAUCGUCAUCAAGAAGGGGUCGACGAGUCCACCCUCGACCAGCGAGGAGGAAAAUGGAGACGAGAACGACGGAAACGUCGAUCGACAAAGCGAUGUGGAUAUCAGCAGCGACAACCGCCUCCGACAGGCGCGAAUGGAGGGGGUAGAUGAGGAAGUUACCGAGACGGAAGAAGAGUAUGAGGAGACGAUGGGCGAAGCGGCCGGUCCGCCUGUCAGACAUCAAGGAAAAGCGGAAGAGUCGGUGGUGGAAGAGGAGAAGAAGAGCGACCCCAUCGACAACUUCAAGGAGGAAAUGGAAAGGGAGUACAAGAAGAUCAACGAAUCGUUGCAGAGCGCCGAACAGUUCUCACUCAUGUUCAGCAAGAGGACGAGGGAAUUGACCUCCAACAUCUACCGAAUUAGGGAGGUGAGGGAACUCGAGAAGGAGAAGGGUAAGAUCGAGGAGAGCCUCGCCAACGACGACGAAAGCAGCGCCGACGAUGGAUUCGAACAGAAGAUUAAGUCCUGGCCUCGCGAGAUGGUCGAAAAGCAGCUCAAGCACUACAGA